UUCAUUCAAUAAUUUCUUUCUUUCCCACGACGAGGCGUUUGUUCGAUCGUUUGGUCACGUCAUCUUUUUAUCCGUGUAAUGUCUGAAAUCUGCUUUCCACAUGCUUAGGGGUAACCGAAUAAAGAAAAAAUCCAAGAAUCCCCGCACCAGAAGAAAAGUACGCGCCCCUGGGGUCGUAAAUGUGAACUAGAAAGUGUGUGAAUUUUGUCUUGAGGUGUCGGUCCGUCCGGUUCUAUCUGGAUUUCAGCAGUUUGAACCACGAGUGCGGGUCCCUUUCCCCUGAAUUCCUUUAUUUACACUCUUUAGUCGUGUGUUAGACGUAUUUAUUUACCUAGUGUUAACAGUUUUGUGGUGCAACUUUUCUUUGUAAACCAAUCAAAAUGUCUGAAGAAUCGUCGGCCGAUCGCAAUGUUGAGAUUUGGAAGAUCAAGAAGCUCAUCAAGAGCUUGGAAAUGGCCAGGGGUAAUGGAACAUCCAUGAUUUCCCUCAUCAUCCCACCGAAGGAUCAGAUCUCGCGGGUGUCCAAGAUGUUGGCUGAUGAAUUUGGUACCGCCUCCAACAUCAAGUCACGAGUCAACCGUCUAUCUGUGCUUGGAGCUAUCACAUCUGUACAGCAUCGACUCAAACUUUACACUAAAGUGCCUCCAAACGGGCUCGUCAUCUACUGCGGUACCAUCGUCACCGAGGAGGGUAAAGAAAAGAAAGUGAACAUAGACUUUGAGCCGUUCAAGCCGAUCAACACCUCUCUCUAUCUCUGCGACAAUAAGUUCCACACGGAGGCUCUCACGGCUCUGCUCGCUGAUGACAACAAGUUCGGGUUCAUAGUCAUGGACGGUAACGGAGCCCUGUUCGGUACCCUGCAGGGAAAUACUCGUGAGGUCCUCCACAAGUUCACGGUAGACUUGCCGAAGAAGCACGGCCGCGGAGGUCAGUCGGCGCUGCGUUUCGCGCGUCUCCGUAUGGAGAAGCGACACAACUACGUGCGAAAGGUGGCGGAGGUGGCGACCCAACUGUUCAUCAGUGCGGACAGGCCGAACGUGGCCGGGCUGAUCUUGGCCGGUUCGGCCGACUUCAAGACUGAACUGUCGCAGUCUGACAUGUUUGAUCCGCGUCUCCAAGCGAAGAUCAUCAAGCUCGUGGACGUAUCGUACGGGGGAGAGAACGGCUUCAACCAGGCCAUCGAGCUGGCUGCCGAGUCGCUGCAGAAUGUCAAGUUCAUACAGGAGAAGAAGCUCAUCGGGAGAUACUUCGAUGAGAUUUCUCAGGACACGGGCAAGUACUGCUUCGGCGUGGACGACACGCUGCGCGCGCUGGAGCUGGGCUCCGUGGAGACGCUCAUCUGCUGGGAGAACCUCGACAUACAGAGAUACGUGCUGAAAUCUCACGCGACCAGCAUAGAGACGAUCCUGCACCUCACGCCCGAGCAAGAGAAGGACAAGUCACACUUCACAGACAAAGACACGGGCGUAGAACUGGAGCUGGUGGAAUGCCAGCCGCUACUCGAGUGGCUCGCGAACAACUACAAGUCGUUCGGAGCCACGCUCGAGAUCAUCACCGACAAGAGCCAGGAGGGCAGCCAGUUCGUGCGCGGCUUUGGAGGGAUCGGCGGUCUUCUCCGCUACAAAGUGGACUUCCAGUCCAUGCAACUGGACGACGAGGAGAUCGACAACCUGUACGACAUCGACGACUACUAGAUGGCGCCACUCGGCCGCAGCGACUCGUCGUGUAGGGAACUAGAUGGCGCCACUGUGGUAACGUUUGUCGAGCGCUUUGUGCCAUUGCUAUGAGGUAUAUAUUCGAAGUAAUUAUAGUUGUUUAUCAUCACGUGAGGGGUUAUGUUUUAGUUCACUUUUAUGCCGUUCUGGACUUACAUAAAUUGCCUACUAUAGUCAAUGAUUUCAAAAGGAAGGAUGCGCCCGUCAGAACAAUGUCUUGAGCGGUUGGCCCUGUCCCUAGCUAGUAAUAUAAUAAGUAAGUCAGUCAUCUGAUGUAAACACGUGAUGAAAAUAGUGGUUGUUUGAAUUUCUGAAUGAGUAUAUACUUUAUGCAAUGGUAUGUAACAUCCUAGGUUUGUGCACAGUGGCCCAUCGACAUUGUUGAACAGAAGUUCCCAAAAUACUCGCACAAAAAACGAAAUAUCGUGAUAUAUUUGAAAGCAAUUUUGUACCGCUAGAUGGCAGCACGAGACUGUUGGGUUUGACCAAUCACACGCGUCGUAUGCGGUGAAUUUUGCUUGCUUUCUUUAAAUAAUAUAAGAUCCAGUUUCUCAUUUGAAAAACUGUCAUUCUCACGUAAAAUCUUCGUAAGUGAGCCUAAUGACGUCGUUUUAUUUUAUAAAAAUGAAAUAAAUUAGCAUAAAUAAGAUCUUUGUUUAUAAAAACGACUCUUACCAGAACCUCGCGAUAUUUCGUUUUUUAAAUUAAGUAGAGUAAAUAAUCUUUAUAUUUUUGGAUUAGUUGAGUAAUAAAUCUAAAAAUAUAUAAAAUUAUUGUAUAAAAAUAUAUAUUUUGCUGAAAUUGGUUAAUUAAAAGCAAUGGUUGGUAAUUUCAACACGAAAUGUGUAUGAAAGUAUAGGUUAAUUCUUGUAUUGUAUAUGUUGUCGACCCAUAUAAAUAAAUUGUAUGUUUUGUGCUGUUUCGUCUAAAUGCCUUCAUAUAAUAGGCGAUGAUAACCUGACAAGACACCGGUGAUAACAUAACUAACGGUAAAAACCCCGAAAAUUCAACAAGCCUUACAUCAAAAACUCAAGACAGUAUUAAACAGGUGUUUAGCGCUGUCAAACGCCUACAAAAUCUGUAAAAUUUCGUUUUAAACACUUGUUUAAAGUUUUUUGUGGUAGUGCAGUAAAAGUCGCGUAACUUUUGAACUGCUCAGCCGAUUUUGAUAAAAUAAGACUAAAAUCACUUGGGGUAACAUUAGGUACACGUUUUUGACAACUUACGAACAGCACAAAAUGUCUUUUUAAAACGAUCAUUUAUUUAUAAUGUCGCAAGCAUGUUUAUUAUUACGUUUUUCAUAUUUUAAUGUUAAUUUUGAAACCGCACAGGAGCGUCAAAAGGAAAGAACUGACAUUAUAUUAUAUAUUGUAUUUUAUAUAUUAUGUAUGUAGUCUAUUUUGAGCGAUUUGGAGGGUGUGUGUCCUUUUGUUAUAUAUUUUACCGCGAUUCUUGGUUUAAACAUCCUGUAUAUCAAGAUAUAUUCAGUUAAUUCUAUUAUUAUUAAUUGUAUUAUUUAAAGAAUGUACAUACAUACACAUACAUUAUUAUAUAAUAUGCAUUUUGUCCACUUUAUGUCAAAUUCCAUAGACAAAAUUGUUUUGCUAUGAAGUGGUGAACACAGUUUCACACAAAAAUUGAGAAUAUCAUAUCCAAAAUUCAUUUAAAAGCCAAACAUUUUGUAUGGAAAAAUCAUUCACAGGUCUCUAUGGAAGUAAUUUGUUCAUCUAUGCAUUGUAAUAUGUUAUUAUUUGUUUGAAAAGUGGACUUUGUUAAUUUUAGAUGCAUUCCUAAUGAUUUAAAAUAUGAAUAAUUAUCAAAAUUCUCAUGUUUUUUGGCUCAUACUGUCCUCAGUUUUCGUAUACUAUUUGGGGAUUUCAAAAGAUACUGUUUUAAAGUUCUCUUUCUAGCAAAACUAGUUAAAAGGACGUUCAGUAUAUUUUUAAUCAUUGAUUUAUCCUUGAAUGGCAUAACGGAAACUGGGCGACUGUAAAAUAUUGUUGUGUAAUCAAGUUUCACUUUAAAGUGCCUUAGUAAUGUUGCUAUAAAUAUAAUAAAGUUUGUUACAAUUA